AAGUCACUACGGGCUCGUUGUUAAAAACACUUAUUUUCUGCAUUUGUAUAGUUGAAUCACACUGUAAGGAUAAGAGACAUAUCUACUCAAGAUCACACAGAACACUAUGCAUUGGUAUGGAGUCCUGCAAGGAGUCCUCCUGGCAAUAGCAUCGAUAAUCAUUCUAUGGGUGCAAGGAGUCGUUGCCUUGCCACUGGCUGCAUCCGAUCCAGAGUCACUUAUGAUCGCCCACCUUGGCGAUGUUCCGGCGGAGAGAGCUCCAAGGCAAGUCAAACCAGAUCAGUUCGAUAUUUUCAAGAUGGAUCGGAACUCCAAUGACCAAAUGCAGCAGAAAUCUGACGGCUUCAGAGUAUUCGCAAAGAAACUACAGGACGACCAUCGUCGUAGGGAUGGCUCCAAUGCAACCAGUGCGCCACCAAUUACGGUGACCAAGGGAAGCAUUCCUGCUGCUAAGAAAAUCCAUAAAAGUGGAAUACGACUAUUUGCUUCUCCGCAAGAGGCAGAAGCUCCACCUGCCGAAGCAGGAGCUGGAGGGGCAGCUGAGGGAGGAGCUGAUGCUGGAGGAGGUGGUAAUGAAACAGCCAAAGAGCUGACCGUCAGCGUGGACAAAUUUGUUACCAACGAGCAUGGGGAGAAGGUGUACAAUGCUUGGGGUGUCACCUUCGGUGAUCAAUUCUUCGACACCCGUUUUGGGCCCGCUAAUCAUGAAAUAGCACGGUUGAAAGUGAAUCCGAAACCGGUCACGAACUACUACCCCAAAAUGGAGAAUCUGACCACAGUCUGCUUGAACAGAUCGACCAUCUACAACGAGAUCAAGAUCGAAAAGUGGCUGAUGCGCCACGUCUACAGCAGGAAGAAGAAAGUGCGCCCCUUCGUUUCCUCCCUGCGCCAGCAGCUCUACGAGAAGGGGGACUCGGAGCAGUGCCACAAUGCGUCCUUCAGUGACUGGUUGGAGUACCAGGAGUGCGCCAUUAGACGCAACCAGCGCAUGGAGUACUUCAUCCCCAAAUAUCCGCGACACCAACUUGCCAUUAACUAAGAUCAUCCACGAUCUCUCUCUAUGACUCACUCAAUCUGUCCAAAUUUCAGUUGGAUACUGAAUCAAUCUUUAUCAAAAAUCGAGAAAAUCUUUGUUAUUCGUCUUCUUUCUCUUCAUAAAAAUGCAAAUUCCAAAUAUUUAUUGAUUUAUGGCUGCAGAUAUAAAUAUAUUUUAUUUUCUUAAA